GGCUGGCUGACGGGCGCCACGCAGCCCCGCCCCACCCCAUCCCGUCUUGGCCUCCGGGCAUCGUCCAUGGAAGCCCGCCCGGACUGGGCAGCAUGGCCGAUGGGCGCUCCCGCCCCGAAAGCGGUGGCUAUGCCGAUGACGACGGGCCCCCGCCCACCGCCUCCUUUCAGUUGGGCAUCGAAGACUCGCAGGAGCACUUGGACGAGCUGCAGUUUUCGCUGGUUCACUCCCAGGACGCCGACAAAGAAGACAUUGCCGAGGAGAUCGAGGCGCUCACCUGUCGCUCGGUGGCCGCCCAUGGGCCCGAGGAGGGCUUCGACUCGCUGGAUGGCUACAGUGGGCGGGGCAGUAGUCGGGCCUUUCGCCCGCACUCGGUGGAGUUCGAGGACACCCUCUCGGAGAUGAUGACCAUCCAGCGCGUGGACUCGCAAGACGUGCUCUUCGAUUCUCGGCCCAAGAAAGCCAAGAUCAUCGGCCAGUACGUCAUCGGCGACCUCUUGGGCGAAGGUAGCUACGCCAAGGUCAAGGAGGCCAUGCACCAGGACCAGCUCAUUCGGCGGGCCAUCAAGAUCAUGAAGCGCAAAAAACUCAAGCGCAUCCCCAAGGGUGAGGAAAACGUGGAGAAGGAGAUCCGAUUACUGGGUCGACUCUCACACGCCAACGUCAUGUCCCUCAUCGAGGUGCUCUACAACGAAGAGAAGGGCAAGAUCUACCUGGUGCUCGAGUAUUGUUGUGGUGUACUCAAGGACAUGCUCGACGCCGCCGACCGGCAUCGCUUUCCCAUGUGGCAGGCCCACUUCUACUUUGGCCAACUGCUCGAGGGCCUCUCCUACUUGUACUCUAAGCGGGUCAUUCACAAGGACAUUAAGCCCGGGAAUCUGCUUCUCAACACGGCCCACGUGCUCAAGAUCUGUGAUUUUGGCGUGGCCGAGGAACUUGAUCUCUUCGCCCCGGACGACACCAUCACCACCAGUCAAGGUACGCCCACCUUCCAGCCGCCUGAGAUUGCCAAUGGAGCGGAUGCAUUUGCCGGGUUCAAAAUCGACAUCUGGAGCUCGGGCGUGACGCUUUACAACUUUGUCACCGGCUCUUAUCCCUUUGAGGGUGAAACCAUAUUCCGAUUAUUUGAGAACAUUGCCACGUGCGAGUUCGAGGUCCCCUCCCACGUGGGACCCGUCUUGGAGGACUUGAUCCGGGGUAUGCUAGCCAAGGCACCUGAGCACCGCUUGACCUUGGUUCAGGUCCAGUCCCACGAUUGGGUCCGAAAACGUAUCCCGCCCAAUGAACCGGCCGUGCCCGUCAAACUCCGCGCCGAUGACGAUCUCGGCCUUUCUUCCACUGUGCUGCCCUACAUUUGUGAUAUUCUAAGUCGGGAAGAGUUCGAAGAGGACCACCAGGGCCUCACCGAAUGUCCCAUGCUGGUCACUGGUCACGAAUUGAACCAGGAGAGCCACCAUGCCAAUGGCAAUGGCGCGGGACAUUCGUCCGGCACGCGCGGCACACGCGGCACACGCGGCUCAUCCUCGGACGAAAAGACCACGAAAUGCAUUAAAGUUCGAAAACUGGGCAGCUGUUUGCUCUCCUGACUACGGUCAUGUCGCCUUGGCCACAUACGGACCGGGCAGGGGCGUGUCGAAGAAUGAAUAUUAUGAACUUGGGGUAACCCCUUGGACCCCUUCUCAUUGCAUUACUAAGUCAAGAGUCAAGGAUCGAUCUAUUAUUACUCGCUGCCUCUCCUCCUGCUUUUCCUACUCCUGUACUUCCGAGUGAAACGAAAAGCCAUUCAGUGUCAUACCAACAGCUACUAUUGUACUUGUCAACCCCCCUCGCCCUACUCUCUCUCUCUGUCUGUCUCUGUCUGUCUCUCUCUCUCUCUCUCUCUCUCUCUCAUAUCUUCUUUCUCGAUUUAAAAUGUCUUGAUAUCUGUGUAAGAACCAAAAUUCAUGCUUGUGAACUAGAGUGAUUCAUUCAUUCCUCCA